AUGUCCAUGUCCCUCGAAGACCACUACCCCAUCUCCUGCGCCUUCUGCAAGAUCGCCGACGCAUACCCUCCCGAUCCCUCCUCACCCAUCCCCACAAGCGCAACCGCCGAUCCAGAGAAAGUCGACCCACAAUGUCACCUCAUCUUGUCCACGCCCCUCGUCCUGGCGUUCUUGGACAUCAUGCCCAUAAGUCCCGGCCACAUCCUCCUCACGACACGGAAACACUAUAGGAAACUAUCAGACCUCCAACCAAAUCCGACCACAAAGGGCGACACAACCUGGACCGCGGCCCGCGAAAAGGAAGAAGCACGACAAGCGAGUCGCGCGCUAGGGGAAUGGCUCCCCAUCGUUUCCCGCGCGUUGUGCAAAGUCACAGGAAUUGAGGAUUGGAACGUCGUACAGAAUAAUGGGGAGAGGGCAGCCCAGGUUGUGCCGCAUGUGCAUUUCCAUUUAAUCCCGAGGUAUCAGGAGGGACGGGAAGAGAUGAGGAGGAAUGGCAGGACGGAUUGGGGGGCACUUAAGAGUUGGAGGAUGUUUGGACGGGGUAGUAGGGAGGAUUUGGAUGAUGAGGAGGGGAAAGAGAUGGCGAGUGCGCUUAGGGAGGCGUUGAGGGAGGAGGUGGGGGAUGGGGGUGAGGUAAAGGGGAAGUUAUAG